CGUGCUCUGCUAUAAAGCGAGCAAGGGACAAAGGCUCCUCCAGCUUGCUUCGGUGGUUCUCUAGUAAAUUAGCUUGUCGGUCUUCUUCCUCCAUCAUGCUGUUCCCGACCGUCCUCCUUGUGAUCUCCUCUGCAUGGCUCGCCGCUGCCGCGCCUGCCCGCCGCAGCGCGCCCGCCGCCGUGACAGACACGAGCAUCCUGCAAUACGCGCUCACGCUGGAGCACCUCGAGCACACGUUCUACGUGCAGGGCCUCGAGCAGUACGACGCGCAGGCGUUCUGCGACGCAGGGUACGAGCCCUCGGUUCGCGGCCGCUUCGCCCAGAUCAGGGAGAACGAGCGCGCGCACGUCGAGUUCCUCACAAGCCAGCUCGGUGCGGACGCCACGGCGCCGUGCAACUAUUCCUUCCCGUACACGGACAUCCCCUCGUUUGUGGCGGUGUCGCAGACCCUCGAAGAGGUCGGUGCGGCAGCGUACAUGGGCGCAGCGAUCUCCGUCGAAAGCCGGGACGUGCUGUCUGCCGCACUGGCCAUCUCGCAUACCGAAGCGCGCCAGGCGGGCUGGGUCAGUUCCGCCGUCCAGAAGGAGCAGCCCUGGGACGGCGACUACGAGACGCCCCUGUACUUCAGCGGCGUGUGGUCUCUCGCAUCGGGCUUCAUCACCUCUUGCCCCGCGACGAACCCCGACUUACCUGUGCAGACCUUCCCCGCACUGACGCUCACGCCCGCCAUGCCUGUGAUGGGCCAGAACGUGAGCGUGUCGUACAACAGCACCGGCGCGCCCAUCUCCGCCGACGGGGAGACGUGGCUGGCGUGGUACCACAACAUGAACACGACGUUCACCGCGAUCGGCGCGGACGGUGUCACGACCGUGCCGGACGACCUGCGCGGGACGGUCUUCGCGGGCGUGGUGAGCAACACGACCGUGACGAGGGACGACGCGACGAUGUUGAGCGGGUUGGCGGCCUUGUCGUUCCCGUAUAACUCGUCCACGGUUGUUGACGCGUGAGGAGUAGUAAUCCUGCGCGUUUGGUUAUGGGAGUCCGCGGUGAUCGCAAAAAUGUUGUUGGAACAGGGUGUUGGGUGCGGAAAGGACUGGAGAGGUAGCUUCUGCGUGUACUGUAGUUCAAGUUGUAGUUUUCCAGUUCUCUUGCGGUUUGCGUUGGAUUUGAGAAUGUAUAAUUCUCCUUUAUCUUA